AUGAUUAAGAAAGAGGAUGUCGAUGGAAUAGUUAACAGUGAAGCAGUGUUUGCUGUGGCAGUCUUUCAGCUUUAUAAGGCACUUCAUGACUUCUUGGCUGCAUCACAUGAUGAGUACAGUGGUGAAGUUAAAAAGUUCCAUGAAAAACUGAAAACAGAAUGGAAAGAUGUAUUUGCUAAUUGUGUUCAUGAGGCAAUUGUCUCCAUAUUUUAUACAGUUACUGGUAUGGUGGAAACUAAUUCUCUGUCUCUCCUUGAUCUUCCACUGUUGGAAAGUGUGGGAGACGUGAUGCUACGGAUUGAUCCAGAUUACUUUUUCCCAUCUGACUGCACAGUUGGUAAUUUAGCUCCUGAUGCAGUAAUGCAGUGCUGCUGUGAACUACUACAUUCUUCUGUGAUUCCACUUCAGCUCACAGCUUAUCAUAUAUUGACCAGACUGGUCCCAGGAUUGAUUAACUUGGACACACCUGCAGCAUUUGCUGCUGCUGUGGAUAUAGACUGUGAUGGACUGAGCCUAGCAAAGUUGCAGAACUCUCUACAGCAGAUGCAAACUGUUGUGGACACCAUGCUGCUGGGUAUUCGUUUGGGGAAUAGUUGCACAGUGUGUCCAUUUACUGAUGCCCAUACCUAUACAAUGGCAUAUCUUCUACUUUGGACUGUCAUCCUUGAAAUGUGUGGGUUAGCCAUCCCUGAGCUGCGCUAUCAGUAUGCAACCUUUCUUAGGAACUCAGGUUUCUUAAAGAGUCUACUUCAAAACGUGUUUCGACUGAUGCCUGUACAAGUGUUACAGGGAACAGACCCUAAAUAUAAAGUUCAUAAGGCAUCAGAAAUGUUCACUUCACCUCCAUCUCUGGCAUUUUCCCAGGCAUACAGCAGUGAGAUGUUGGAGUAUAUGUCUUGCUGG